AUGGCCGUAUGCACAAUUGAUGGAAACAGCGAUAUGUACGGGCUGGGCAUCCGCCUUGGGUACUAUUUCCUGUGGUAUGGAGCGAUCCUCGCAAGGUGGAUGGCGCCUUCUGAGGUGAAGAACGUCGCUUUUUCAACCGAUAUGUUUGUGGCGGCAACGUUCCUAGCGCUCAUUAUCCUCACGGAAAGUGACAUUGACAAUCUCGAGCCAGCCGAGACGUACAUUGUUUUGUUGCUCAUGUUCGGCGCUUAUCUGGCCCUGGUACCCAUAUACGUAUGGCGAUUGUUGACAGCAUGCGAUCCCUACUGGGUAAGUAAAGCGUGGUUCAUACAUUGGGACCUUUCUAUUGCGGUCGUCGUGCAAUCGUUCCAUACACGAGAUAUCGGUGCAUUUCCUUUGGUGCUGUCUUCGCAUCUGCGGGUUCCUGACAUUUGGAAUGUGACCGUGCAGGACCCAACCCGCUACCCACGUGUGAAUCUUGGAGCGAUGUCGGCCAAUCUGAGUUUCAUACUGCUUAUAGGAGUUCUGGUCUUCCAAUACUGGUUCUGGUUCGAUCGCGUCCCGGAUCUGGAUCAUCGCAAUUGCCAGCAAUAUGGCUUCGUCUUUGGCCAAGUCCGCCUCAACAGCAAGGUUUCGGUGGUGCUUCACGCCCUGAUGUACUUCUGGCUGGGCCUGGUAUGUCUCUACAUCUUCCUCCUGAAGUUCAGGGCCUUGGCGGGAUUACCGGACCCAGGAGUGGGAGGGCGUCGACCGAAAAGAGGGCAUAUCGAGUUUCUGCAGAAUUUGGAUGUUUGGAUCAGGAUUGUCAUUGCGCUCGCCGUGACUGUUGCUACGGAGCUUACGAUAUCCUGGAACGAGAUUGGAGGUGUUUUCUCGCUGUCUGGUGCCGGUCAAACCAUCCCGUUUGCUAUAGGUUUGACUGCGAUCGUCCGGAUACUUUACGUGGCAAUGAAGCCCACACAGGUUCAUCAGCCACAUUCUCGACCGAGCUCCGUCAGACAAGUGCCACAAUCGUUCCAACGCAGGCCAAGAAGGGACACAGAGUCCACCAUUUCCCGCCCUUCUCGGGUCUAUAGACGAUAG